UGUGACUCCACUUCAACACAAGCUUUUGUUCAUACUGGAGAAACCACAAGAGGACUUUUUCUUCUUCUUCAAAAUAAGCUCUGUAGUCCUCUGUUUUGCUUCUAAUGCUUACAUUUGUUCAAGAAGUAAGGAUUGACUGAUUCAUACCACCACUGGUUCUUUGCUAGGUACAGCAAGAUACUUAAGAACCAUGGAGGCACAUGUGCAGAAAUCCUGAGAGAAACCUGGGUUGCUUUUAUUAGAUCUCCCUGGAAGAUGGAUGCUUUUGAGGGAAUCCACGCUGUGUGUAUUUCAUCUUCUCCUGCAGCAGUGACCACACCAAGCCCUGGAUAUGAGCUCUUGAUGACGGGCAGCAAAGGAAUAGCUCUGUACUCUUCCCAUGCAUUUUUUGGAAAAGAGGAUUCUUCAGGUCACCAGCAAAGCAAGCAGAGCAGAGCUAAAAAGGUGGAAUGUCCUGUUGGAAAGUUGAUAGACCUAGAGGCAGAGCUGGAACCUGGCACUGAGUCUGGAGGAGGCCGAGGAGAAACCAUGCUCCAGGAGGAGACAGACUCUCAGAGACGAGAAGCCUACAGCGUGUCUCGUCUACGAAGCUCUUCUAUAGAGAUUAGAGAGAAGGGCACAGAGUUCCUCAGAGAACAGCUGGAUGCUGCGCAGAAGGAGCUGAAGCUAAAGGGGGAGGAAUGUGAGCGACUGUCGCUUCUGAGAAAUCAGCUGGAGCAGGAACUAGAGGAAUUGACUGCAAGUCUCUUUGAGGAGGCUCACAAGAUGGUGCGGGAAGCCAAUGUUAAGCAAGCAACUGCGGAAAAGCAACUGAAAGAGGCACAGGGCAAGAUUGAUGUGCUACAGGCAGAAGUAACUGCACUAAAGACCCUUGUGUUGACCUCCACCCCGUCCUCCCCUAAUCGUCAGCUCCACCCUCAGCUGCUGUCCCCAGGAUCCAGAGGAGCUUCGUCUCGGCCUGGAGGACACACUCGCAACAAGAGUGCCACCCUCACUCUCCCUCAGCUACAAGCCGAGUUUCCCAGUGAAAACGCACACAAGAGCCGGGAAGAAAAAGAGGUAUACGAGCAGACAGGAGCUCACUGUUGCCAGUUGGACUCCGUGUUGUUUGCUGAGUUUUUGUCUUGGAGAGAGAAACCGAGUCUGGAUCGGUCAUCUGCCUUCCUGACCCGGAUCUACAAAGAGGACAUUGGACCCUGUCUCUCUUUCACAUGUUCAGAACUGUCUCAGUCUGUUCAGAGUGCUGUGGAGAAUAACUUUUUGACUAUUGAGCCCGUUGCUUUGACGGCAUUGCCCAUGGACAAGGCCUCGAGUAUUGAGUGUGGAGGACUCAAGAAGUGUGCCCUGAGUGGAAUGUCCCAUCUCUGCCGACAUCGCAUCAAACUGGGAGAUAAAGAGAAUUAUUACUACAUCUCUCCCUCCAGCAGAGCUCGGAUCACAGCAGUGUGUAACUUCUUCACUUAUAUCAGAUACAUCCAGCAGGGUCUGGUCAGACAUGACGCUGAGCAGAUGUUCUGUGAGGUGAUGCGCUUGAGGCGGGAGAUGUCUAUAGCCAAGUUAGGCUUCUUCUUUACAGAAGAGAACUGAAGGACACACAGAUUCUGUGGCAGGUUUUUUCCACACACCAAUUCGAUGAAAAGUGCAGCAGAUUUCCCAAAGAUACACUCCGUUAUCGAGUCAGUGACUAUUACAUUAAAAAGUGAGAGGAAUUCUGCGAUGAUGGUGAUGAUCAGUAUUGGACCAGAGUCAGAUUUUUCACUCUGUGUAUAAUAUUCAGCACAGUUCUUACUAUGGCACAAAUAUAGAAUUAAUGUUGGGUUUGUUUUUAGAUUAUUUGUUGGUGCAGAAACAGUUUACAGAACUUUAGGUCCUCAUAGUUAGAACCUGUUCAGUGCACAAUCUAAAUGUCACACUAUUCAUCUCAUUCUGCACAUGCUUCUUCCUUAACAAGCACUGCUUUACUUACACCACCAAGACGCACUACAUGCUGCCUGAAAUAAAUUGCUUAGUACAAAGCAUAUAACAUGUUGUUCCAAUGCCCAGUAGAGCCAGUCGAAGCCUAAUUAUGGGCUGUAAUAUAUUUAUUGGGUAGGAAAUAUUUUAUAGCAUUUUUAAAACAGGACAUUAAAGCAAUCAGCCACAGAUUUAUUUUAAUCAAUAUGAAUUUAUUUAAUGAAAGCUUGACCUGGGCUUAGAAAGACUACAUUUCCAGGACAAAGCCUUCACUGUCAAUAAUUAUGGUGUUUGGUGGUGUAGAUUCAGCAUUCAAUAUCUGCACAAUUAUUAUGAAUGCUUGGAUUUAAGCCUUUUUUUUUAACUGAACCGAGGCACGUACAAUUAGGUGGGACUUUGGGUCAAAAUUAUUUUGUUUCUUUUAAUAUUAAUUAUGUGGUUUGACAAUCAGAAUGGCUUCGAACAAAAUAUAUUUCUGUUUAAUAUCGUCACAGCACAAAUCUCUGCACAGCUCGUCAUUCUUUAUUCAUGUUAACAAUGGUAUCAGGACCUUCAUAUCAUGGGUCAAUGUUUUGAUUAGAUCAGGGAGGAUGCUGUGUCAUUUGAGAAAAUCUCUUUGGACUAAAUGGUUUUCAGAGAUUUAUACAACAUUUUUAUACCUUUAGAAACAGGAAACAAAUUUGUUAAACAUUCAAGCUUAUGCCAUUUAAUUUUCUUUAUGUUUAUGUUUACACUUAACUGCCUUGCAUAAUGGUUUAAUACAGUGUAAUAAAUAAUGCAAUAUAAUGCUGAGUCAUGACUUUGAAUGAAUAUGUGAUUUGCAUUCACUGUAGCAGAUAUUCAUAGGCUCGAGUUAGGGAUGUAAACCAAUACAGAAACAUAGAUUGGACAGAUACAGUGUGGAGAAUAGUGCAGAAAGGUGCAGGAGUGGACGGUUUUUACUCCCCUGAGGGUGUGAAACUUGCUGCUCUGUACAAACAAAAAAAAUACUUGCACAUGGGGAUUUUGAAAACAUUCCAGUGCACAUCUCUAGUUGGGACCAGAUUUUGAGCUGAAUGAUUUAGAAAUGCCAGAGAUGGAAUAAUCACACCUUGCUGAUGCUGCAAGCAUUUCUACCCUUUUUUUUCCUACCCGUCUCAUGUUCUUUUAUAGGUUAAGGUUCAUAUUUAAUUUAAAAUCUUCCAAUUUUCCCACUUCAUGUUUAAAUGAUGUGUUUUUGUAUUACACCCCUAACUUCUUAAGUUCAUACAAAUCGAGGGAAUGGAAUAGAGAAGACCUAUUUCACAGACCUGAAUAAUACUGAACAGAUUGACUGGCUGUAGGGAGAAGCUGACUCCAUGGCAGAGGUGGUUGUAGGCUAUAAAUUUGUUAUGGAUAUCUAUAAGGUAAAGAGGACAACACCACCAGAUUACCAGGCAGAGGUAAAUCUCAGGAACAAGUAUAAGAGGAAACCAAGGAAAGACAACACUUAAAGUAACACAGAUCACAUUACAGUGUGUAUACAAAAUAAUACAGCAUGAUUGGUAAGGGUAAAGUGUUGACCUGCUUCCUUUAGAAGAGAUUAAUUAGUGUUUGCCAGAUACAAAAUAAUAUACACACUUCAUACCACUGCAGACAUUUUACUUGUUAAAACAAUAAAUAAAACAUAUUAUGAUUAUAUAUGUAAUAGAGUUACGUAUGUGGAAGGGUCCACCUUGAGGGGAACAAGGUGAGAGCUGAGUUGUCUGAGUAGUCCAACAUUUGGUGAUAUUUAAGUGACAAGUGUAGACCAACAUGUGGUGAUAUUUUCUUAGUUAACCAAUAAGAAGUAUUAAGAGAAUAAGAAAAGCUGAGUCUGUUUUGUAGAGGACCAAACCAACUUUUCCCUGUGGAUUAGUAGAAAUUCAGCAAAAAAACAGCAUGUUGUACGCAAAGAGAAAACUACACAGCAUCUACAUCCUCAUUCACGCUAACUGCAUAUUUGUUACAGUCCUGUUAGUCAGCUCGGUGGUGAGGGAUCUGCAAUAUUUUGUUGAGACAAUGCUGUGCGAGAUACUGACCUGGCAGGGACAUCGAGAGCUGUAUAAAUUGCAAAUAAUGCAUCCUGCAUCUCUAUGAAUCUUUGCAGAAAGAUUGCACAAGGUGGCAUCCAGAUGUUUCACAUCACCCCUAGUGGAGAGGAAGGGUGAACUUGAGCACUGAUUUAAAUUUCCAAAAUUUCAGUUCACUGUUUCUUAUUACAGCAUGCUCUGCUGGCUCUCACUUUUUUGAUGAAAAACCUACAAAGAAAAAAAAUAAACAUAACAAAUGACACAUUUAAUUCCACAGCUUGAUAUAAUAUUGCAGCUCAAGCUUAAACCAGAGCUAAAAACCCACCUUUUAUAGCAACUCACUAUUAGAGCCAUCACAGCAACACCUCCCACCACGGUCAUCACUGCAGCAGCGAUGGAGGUGACAGAAAGUGUUGUGGACUCUGGAAAAAGAUGUAAACUUGCUAAAAUAAAGCUAUAUUACUAAAAGUAUGUUCCACCUCAUCUGUCUUUUCUUAUUCCUGUUUCGACAUAGACAAUGCAAACCUGUGCAAAUGAAGGAACCUGGCGUGUUGCGGCACUGCAGAUUUGGUGGACAGACAGGCCCACUGAAGCACUCGUCUAUAUCUGAAAGAAAACCAAGUAAUAGUUGUUACCGUUGCAUUGUUUGUUGAGUGUUAACAGAAAGCAUCAAUAUAAAGAAACAUCCAAAGAUGCACAAAGAAACCUUGACAGGUUGGUGGGUUUGGAGUCCAGAGGCGUGUGUUUGAAUCACAGGUGACGUGGGUGGACCCAUGGAGCAGAUAGCCAGAAGGACACUGGUACAGGACUGCUGAAUCACACAGCACAGAGAAACCCACUUUCAGCCGAGGAAUGGAGCCACAUACUGGGUCUGAAGAAACAAAAGAAGACAGACACACACACACACACACUGAGCAUGUUUUUAGGAACAUUAUACUAUCACUUGCUAUGGCCUCCCAUUGCUCUCAAAACAGCCUUCAAGAUCUUCCGUUCUUCCCAUAUCCCAAAAGUGUUCUAUUGGAUUCAGAUCCUGUGACUGAGAAGGCCACUGAAAGAACACUGAACUGAUUGUUUGACAUUUGCUUUGUGACAUGUUGCAUUAUCAUGCUGGAAGUAGCUACUGGAAUUUGGUAACUUGUAACCAUGAAGGGAUGCACAUGAUCAGCAACAAUACUCACUACUUUAGAGACUUCUGUGUGUGAAAUUCCCAGGAGAUCAGCAGUUUCUGAAAUACUCAAAGCAACUCUUUUGUUACCAACAAUGCUAUGAGUCACAGCGAUCACUUUCUCUUCUUUCUGAUGUUUGACUAAAGAAUCAAGAUGUAGGUCAAGCCUACAUCUGCAUGAUUCUUUCCACUGUAUG